AUGGCUGCAGAUAUUGAUACAACUUAUCAAGAGGCUAUCGAUGCUGGAAAAAUCAACGGUGUUGUCUUAUGUGCGAUGGACACGAAAGGCGAUUUUAUUUAUAAGAACGCCCUUGGAACACGGACCCUACCAACUGGGGAGAAACGCCCACAGCAGCUGGAUGAUGUUCUAUGGCUGGCUUCAGCAACCAAGCUAAUCACCACCAUUGCGGCACUGCAAUGUAUCGAAGAUGGGAUAUUGACACUUGACGGUGACAUAUCACUAAUCGCUCCAGAUCUAGCUUCCAGACAGGUCAUCACCGGAUUCUCUGAGGACGGCGAAACUCCUUUGCUCGAACCAUCAACUCGGCCCAUCACACUGGAAAUGCUACUUACUCACAGCUCCGGCCUCGCCUACGAAUUCUUGAACCCGGACUUAAUGAAAUGGAGCGAGAAAUUCAGUGCUUCUCAGGAGGGUGUGCUACGAGGAGUAGAAGAGGCCUUUGGAUACCCACUCAGCUUUCAGCCAGGCGAUGGGUGGCUAUAUGGCCCAGGACUGGACUGGACUGGUAAAAUCAUUGAGCGCGCAACAGGCCAAACACUUGGUGAGCACAUAAAAGUGCGAAUUUUUGAGCCAUUGAAUAUCGAGGAUGCAUCAUUCUGGCCGGUCACGCGCGAAGAUCUACGUGCACGUCUCGUUGAUCUGAACCCACAAGAUCCCGAAGGUCUGGGUAUGGCUGUGGCAGGGGGUACUGGAGAUAUGAACAAGCGCAGUCAAGGUGAUUUUGGUGGCCAUGGUCUUUACAUGACAGGUGCCGACUACAUCAAAGUGUUGCAUUCGAUACUGGCCAACGAUGGCAAGCUACUCACACCUUCAACGGUCGACGAUAUGUUUAGGAACCAUCUUUCCACCAAUGCGGCGGCAGGCCAACAAGCUGCUUUGUCUAGCCCACUUGGUGACUUUUUUCGUCUUGGAGUGGGACGCGAAAUCAAGAUUGGAUAUGGUCUGGGCGGGAUCGUAACAUUGCAGGACAGUGAAGGCUGGUAUGGGGAGCAUACGUUGUCGUGGGGAGGAGGUGUGACACUCACAUGGUUCAUUGAUCGCAAGAAUGAUCUUUGUGGUGUUGGUGCCGUACAGUCUGCUCUGCCAGUGGACAUACCUGCAAUAGAAAUACUGAAACAGACGUUCCGUCGGGAUAUCUAUCGCAAACGCGCUGAAUGGAAGGGGUAG